UUUUUUGCGGGGACUCGUUUCUUCUUUUGGAUGCAGCUUCGUGACCCGCGGAAUCUGAUGUCAACACAUCUUCGGACUUCUCUCUAGAAUUGGGUUAAAAACGAAAGAGAGGGAUGAUUUAUUUAAUUCUUUAGUUUCUUCCGUGUCUUAUUCUUCUUUGUUAGAUGUCCCAAUAUCUCCCCAAUAAUUCCAAUUGAGUUGUGAAGAGACCCUUCGAUUAUUGAUUGUAAGACACAUCGACAUCAUGCCGGGCUCCUCACGAAUGCCCAUCAGCUUGCGCGAGACGUAUAACAGCGUUAAGCGAUCUCGGCCAGUCGUCAAUCCUCAACAAUUCCUUAAUCUUGACCUAGUCCGAAAUAUCGUCUUUUUCUUCUUUGUACUACGCAUAGUCCGCCGAACGUUUUGGAAACUAAGAGGCCGAGGCAUCAUCGGAACCAUCGUAGAAAUAUACCAUGACGUACGACGCGUACUAUACGGCUACUUCCUCCGAGCGCCGGGCGUUCGGACGAAGGUUCGGAAACAAAUCAACGAGUCCUUAGCGAAAGUACAAGCGAAGAUGAUACCUGCCGAAGGUACGCGAAAUUUAACCCUGCCGAAAGAGGGUUGGACCGAUGAUGCGUUACGGACGGAGCUCGAGACAUUGGCAAACAUGGACCACACUAGAUGGGAAGACGGCUACGUAUCGGGUGCGGUAUACCAUGGAGAAGAAGACCUGCUUAAGCUACAAACCGAAGCCUAUGGCAAGUUCACCGUUGCGAACCCGAUACAUCCGGACGUCUUCCCUGGUGUGCGAAAAAUGGAAGCCGAGGUUGUCGCCAUGGUCCUCUCUCUGUUCCACGCCCCGCCGACCGCUGCUGGUGUCUGUACCAGUGGAGGUACCGAGAGUAUUCUUAUGGCGUGCUACAGCGCGCGGCAGAAGGCAUAUGUAGAGCGUGGUGUAACGGAACCGGAGAUGAUUCUCCCGGACACUGCACACACAGCCUUCCGAAAGGCCGGUGAUUACUUCAAGAUCAAGGUCCACCUAGUGCCUUGCCCCGCCCCAGCCUACCAAGUCGACAUCCACCGAGUCUCUCGCCUCAUUAACUCCAACACCAUCCUCCUCGUCGGCUCCGCGCCCAACUUCCCCCAUGGCAUUAUGGAUGAUAUCUCUGCCCUCUCUAAGCUCGCCGUAAAGCGCCGUCUUCCACUACACGUCGAUUGCUGUCUAGGCUCGUUCCUCGUCCCACUACUCGAGAAAGCCGGCUUCGAAACCGAACCUUUCGACUUCCGCCUCAAGGGUGUUACGUCUAUCUCUUGCGACACACAUAAGUAUGGAUUCGCCCCCAAGGGCAACUCCACAGUGCUCUACCGCAGUCAGGACUACCGCACAUACCAAUACUUCGUCUCGCCCGACUGGUCCGGCGGUGUCUACGCAUCCCCCGGUAUUGCUGGCUCCCGUCCCGGCGCCCUCAUCGCCGGAUGCUGGGCUAGCAUGAUGCGCGUUGGUGAGGCCGGAUACAUUGACGCAUGUGUCAAGAUCGUCGGUUGCGCGAAGAAGAUCACAGAACACGUCGCUUCCUCCCCCGUCCUCAGCGCCGAACUCGACAUUAUCGGCCGUCCCUUAGUCUCUGUCGUCGCCUUCUCCGCGCGGAAUCUAGAUAUCUACGACAUCGCCGACGGCAUGAAUGCCAAGGGCUGGCAUCUCAACGCCCUCCAAAAUCCCCCCGCCAUGCACGUCGCAGUAACACUUCCGAUUACCAAGAUCUGGGAACGUCUGGUGGCGGAUCUAGAAGCCGUGAUUGAAGCCGAGAGGGAGAAGGAACGUGUUCGUGCGGUGGAGGGUAAGGGGCCUAAGGGUAAGGCAACUGGUGAUACCGCGGCGUUGUAUGGUGUUGCGGGGAGCUUGCCAAAUAAAGCCGUUGUCGUCGAUCUUGCGACGGGAUUCUUGGAUUUGAUGUAUAAAGCGUAAGAACUCAGAUCGAAUUGGCGGAGUGGAGUGGAUAAAAUUGUUUCAUAUCAAGGUGUUAUGCUAGUGCGAUGUGUUUUAGGAGUUGUGCGAAAAAGGGGUUAGGAGGACUAAGGGGAGGGCGUCGGCAACCUUUUGCGGUGGGGUUGGUCGAUUGCUCAUUUUCUUAGGUACGCAACGCAUGACUUGCAAAGCUACUAGGCAUAUAAGGUAUAAUAGUGUAUGUUAGGGAUGGAUGGAAGAUGGUAGGGACGUAGGUAGGUGUGGAUGGGGUUUCGUCAGUCUUUUCGAAAAGAUGGAUUGUUGUACAUAUAGGUUAUAAAUAAGGCAAGGCGAGAAAGGGAUGAAAAACACUAAGGUGCUUAUUAUUACAAAAUCCGUAAUGGGCGGCAUCGCGUAUAUGUAAAAUGUAAAUAGCACGGGACUUAAAGGAUAUAUAUGUGGAUGGUAUAAAGUCUCCAAUCAAUGCUGUUAAGGUUAUACAUAUGUACAUAUUAGAGAAACCUGUUGCGCAAAUGAGGAUGUUGUUCAAUGCUUUGCUUUUUAUACACCAUGCCUUGAGAGAGAUGCUGAGCAU